CUCCGUGGCGACGCGCUACGAUGUGCGGCUGCGCAGGGGUGACGGCGCGCAGGCGAACUGGGGGGUGGGGGGGUGUUUUGGUUCUCGGCGCUCGCCCUCCUUUUCAGACUUGGUGGUCCGAAAGCUUCUGGUUCCUGCCUCCCCUUCCCCUUCCCAGUCCCUUUCCCACCUCGACUUCACCCUCCUUCCCUUCUACCCGCCUCUCUUUGAUCUCCGCCCGCCUCGAGUCCGGGCCGGGCGCCCGAUCGCGCGCGGCCCGGGGGCCCAGUAUAUGACCCGCCGCCCUGCUGCCCCGCGCUUCCCCUGCCCCAUGUGGCUGCGGGGCCCCGGCUGCGCUGCCCACUAUGGCCCGGAAAGCAGUUAGCAGGAAGCGGAAAGCACCUGCCUCGCCUGGAGCUGGGAGCGACGUUCAGGACCCGCAGUUUGGUUGGGAUCACUCCUUGCACAAAAGGAAAAGACUCCCUCCAGUGAAGAGAUCCUUAGUCUACUACUUGAAGAACCGAGAAGUCAGGCUACAGAAUGACACCACGUACUCUCGGGUGUUACAUGGCUAUGCAGCACAACAACUUCCUGGUCUCCUGAAGGAGAGAGAAUUUCACCUUGGGACCCUUAAUAAAGUGUUUGCUUCUCAGUGGUUAAAUCAUAGGCAAGUGGUGUGUGGCACAAAAUGCAACACGCUCUUUGUAGUGGAUGUCCAGACAGGCCAGAUCACCAAGAUUCCCAUUCUGAAAGAUCGAGAACCUGGAUGUUUGACUCAGCAGGGCUGUGGUAUUCAUGCAAUUGAGCUGAAUCCAUCUAGAACACUUCUAGCCACUGGAGGAGACAACCCGAACAGUCUGGCCAUCUAUCGGUUACCCACACUAGAUCCUGUGUGUGUUGGUGAUGAUGGACAUAAAGACUGGAUCUUUUCCAUUGCAUGGAUCAACGAUACUAUGGCAGUGUCUGGUUCACGUGAUGGUUCCAUGGGACUCUGGGAGGUGACAGAUGAUGUGUUAACCAAAAGUGAUGAAAGGCACAAUGUGUCACGGGUCCCUACGUAUGCUCAUAUCACUCACAAGGCCUUAAAGGACAUCCCUAAGGAGGAUACAAACCCUGACAACUGCAAGGUCCGGGCUCUAGCUUUUAACAACAAGAACAAGGAACUGGGAGCAGUAUCUUUGGAUGGCUACUUUCAUCUCUGGAAGGCUGAAAAUACAUUGUCUAAGCUCCUUUCCACCAAAUUACCAUAUUGUCGUGAGAAUGUGUGUCUGGCCUAUGGUAGUGAAUGGUCAGUGUAUGCAGUAGGUUCUCAAGCACAUGUCUCCUUCUUGGACCCACGGCAACCAUCAUACAACGUCAAGUCUGUCUGCUCUAGGGAGAGAGGCAGUGGGAUCCGGUCAGUAAGCUUCUACGAACACAUUAUUACUGUGGGCACAGGGCAGGGUUCCCUGCUGUUCUAUGAUAUCCGAGCUCAGAGAUUUCUGGAAGAGAGGUUCUCAGCUUCUUGUGGAUCCAAGCCCAGACUGACAGGGGAGAAUCUGAAACUAACCACUGGCAAGGGCUGGCUGAAUCAUGAUGAAACCUGGAGGAAUUACUUUUCGGACAUUGACUUCUUCCCCAAUGCUGUUUACACCCACUGCUACGACUCGUCCGGAACGAAACUCUUUGUGGCAGGAGGUCCCCUCCCUUCAGGGCUCCAUGGAAACUAUGCUGGACUGUGGAGUUAAUGACAACUAACUUUCUCCCAAAAUGCAGAUUUACACUAACCUCUACCCAUAGUUUCUUUGUUUCGUCUUUUAAUUUUUUUUCUUUCCUCCAAUUGUGGAAACCUUUCAUAUUUUAGUGGAAACAUCUGAGUUUGCCCAUGGUUGAGGCAAUUAAUAGGAAGAAUCUGCAGAAAUCGAAAAUGUGGGGUUUUUGGGGGUUGGGGCAGGUUGAUUGGUCAGGUUGGUUUGUUUGGUUCCCCUUUCAGUGAUUAGAAUUUUAUUGUCAUUUUUUUCUUUACGUGACACACACUCUCUCUUCUCUGGCUUCUUUAUGCUGAAAUGACAUAGUCAUUCUCGCCCUUACUUCACUCUCGAGAGGUAGGGCUCCUUUAUAAUUAUGUGGUAGCUGUCAGACUUUCUGUGAAAGUUUGGGAGCUUGUGUGUGUUUUUGGGGGGGAGCCUCGUGUGUGUGUGUGUGUGUGUGUGUGUGUGUGUGUGUGUGUGAACUUGUGUGCCUGUUGGUAUUGUGUCACUGGAGUGAGGGUUACCUGUAAUUAAAGUAUUUAUAAAAGAACCAACUUUAUUCAGAGUCUAGCUUUGGGCCUAGCCUGUAUCUUGUGUUUUUUAAAGUCUGACAUUGUAAAAAGUAAAAAACAGACAAAACACCAGGAAAACACUUGAGUUAGAUUGCAGACUGCCUGGGGCCUCAAUGCAAGGACUCCAAAGUACUCCAGCACUCCCUGUCCUCCCACGUCUGGGAGAACACCAAUGUGUCACUUCACUCCCUAAACUCCUGUCUGCUCAGCCAAUGGCCACUUUGCUAAACCAUCAGGUGCAGUUAUGGGGACUGCAGAAGGCUUCAGGUCUGGGUAAAGAGAAUCCUCUUCCAGUCUCCCUCUCUCUUUGCUCAAGGCCUGAUCUGGCCAGGCCCCAGGAGUCUGCUAUGGUCCCCAUAUAUCAUCUCCUUUGCUUUGAAGAAACUUUUCCUUUGCUGUUCUUCUAGUCUUGCUUGUAGGUUUUGCUGGUGCUUUCUAAUUGGGUUCAGUCCAGGAGGGUGUGGUCAUGAGGGGGUUUAUCUACAUGUAGUGAGUACUUCAUGUGUGGGAUAUUUGUUUUCUCAGUGCAGUGGGGCUUAGGGUUGGAGCCACCCCUCCUGCUAUGGUGGCUCACACCUGUGAUGGUGAUGGGGCGGCUUAUGCAUGUUAACAGCAUCAAUGUGAUGAGUAAUUUGCUUGUUCCUCCUUUGACCUGACUGUUUAGUCUGAGGGUUUUAAAUUUGCAGGAGCUGUGCCCUGUUUUCUCGAAUCAUGUCCAGAGUAACCUUUUCUUAUCUCUAGUCCUCUAAGCACACACAGUGCUUCUCUAGCAACAUCCCUUCCUGGAGAAAGGAGGUUGUAGUCCUGCACCCAGUUUCUUGUUUGGUCUCCCAGUUAUCCCUG